UGUCAUCAUAGAAAAUCAUAGUAUAUGGUCGCUAUGGCUGGACGUGGUAGAGGAAGAGGUAAACCCUCCAUGUCAAUCAAUGUGGAACAGUUGGGUUUUACUAAGGGAGAAGCAUUGCCACCUCCAGUUUUACAACCACCGCCAAAGUAUCCUCCAUUAGAAUAUAAGCCACUACCUCUAAAUAUCACUACAAGUAUGAACUAUCUGUUAGAACUGAAAAGGGGAUAUACAGAAUACUUACGAGAAUCUCCCAACAAUGUUCUGCCUAUUAUAAUUAAAAAGGAUAUCGAACGAUAUUCGGACAGGUAUCAAGAUUUGAUCACUGACAAAAGUGGUUACGAAACUAGAUACGAUUGGAGCAGAAUGCCGGCGGAAUUAAAGCCUCGGUCGCGGAAACGCAAGGGACCAAAGCUUGAUAAGUCGGAGAAAAAGCAGAAAAACAUUGACCCAGAAAUUAAGUUACAAGAAUUAGAGAAAAAGGAAAGCUCGCAACAAAGUGACGCAGAGGAGGAGGAGGAAGAAGCAGAGGAGAAGGGUGAGGAGCAUCCGGAAGUCGAAGAAGAAGAGAUGGACGAGGAAAUGGACGAGGGAACUGAUUACGUGAACAAUUACUUUGAUAAUGGUGAAGGUUACGACGAUGAAGACGAUAAUUUAGACGAUGGACCUAUUUAUUAAUAUAAGAGAUUUUAUAAGAAUCGGAAAUUGUCUCUUCUCUCGUUAAUUUGACUAAAAUACUUACAAGCUUCUAGUUGAGCACUGUAUGGCAAUGUGUAUAUAUAUGUAUGUAUUUUUUUAUUGAAUCGCGUGUACAGACAAUAAAUUAUUUCGUUAUAUGCUUAAA